CAUGACAGCCAGUUCUCCGAAGAAUUCCACAUAGAACGGCUGCAAAUCGGUUGAAGUGUAUACUCGUAACAUCACACACGCACUAUUUUCAAAACCCUCAAGAGGAACUGGAUUAACCUCAGAGCCGAAUAUUGUUGUUUCAAACUGAAGUGAUAAUCAAAUAAAAAUCCUCACUAUGGGGGACAUGUUCCGGAGUGAGACAAUGGUUCUAUGCCAAUUGUUCAUACAACCAGAGUCGGCAUACACAACAGUUUCAGAAUUGGGAGAAGCUGGGUGUGUCCAAUUUCGUGAUCUAAACGAUGGCGUCAGCUUAUUUCAAAGAAAAUUCGUCACCGAAGUUCGUCGAUGUGAUGAAUGGGAAAGAAAAAUUCGUUACAUUGAAACCGAACUUAAAAAGGAUGGAAUCGUUUUGCCUGAAAUCAUGGAUGAUAUUCCGAGAGCACCUAAUCCAAGAGAAAUAAUUGAUUUGGAAGCUCAUUUGGAGAAAGCCGAAAAUGAAAUUCUCGAAAUGGCUCAAAACGAAGUCAAUCUAAGGUCAAAUUAUAUAGAACUCACAGAAUUGCGACAAGUUUUGGAAAAUACUGAAGCUUUCUUCGAUGAUCAAGAAGUUCUUAAUCUUGAUGCAAGUCGAAAAAGUAUUACCGGCGAUGAUUUUAUUGCCCAGCAGAAUCGUGGACGUUUGGCUUUUGUAGCAGGAGUAAUUAAACGUGAACGUAUUUAUUCGUUUGAGCGGAUGUUGUGGCGUAUCUCGCGCGGAAAUGUGUUUCUCAAGCGAGCCGAUUUGGAUGAGCCAGUGAGGGAUUUACAUACGGGACAUAUGGUACAGAAAACAGUUUUUGUAGCUUUCUUUCAAGGCGAAGAACUUAAGAAUCGCAUCAAGAAAGUAUGCAAUGGAUUCCACGCAGCCAUGUAUCCUUGUCCAAGCUCCCAUACGGAGCGCAUGGAAAUGAUCAAAGGUGUACGCAUGCGAUUGGAAGAUUUGAAAAUGGUACUCAAUCAGACGGACGAUCACCGAGCAAGAGUUCUAGCCACUGUAUCGAAGAAUUUGCCAACAUGGAGUAUCAUGGUGAAAAAAAUGAAAGCCAUUUACUACACUCUAAAUCUUUUCAAUGCCGACGUGACUGAGAAAUGUCUGAUUGGUGAGUGCUGGGUACCGACAAAUGACUGGAUGAUUGUUCAAAGAGCACUGGCUGAUGGGUCAGCUCAAGUAGGAAGUUCAAUUCCAUCGUUUUUGAAUGUCAUCAAAACCAACGAACCCCCACCAACUUAUAACCGUACCAACCGAUUUACUCAGGGUUUUCAAAAUCUUAUCGACGCUUAUGGCAUAGCUUCCUACCGUGAAGCUAAUCCAGCUCUUUACACAAUCAUUACUUUCCCAUUCUUGUUCGCUGUUAUGUUUGGAGAUGUUGGACACGGUCUGAUCUUGCUGCUUUUCGGAGGUUGGAUGGUCAUUUGGGAAAAGAAGCUAUCGAGAAGCCGUGGUGGUGGAGAGGUAUGGACCAUCUUCUUUGGCGGACGUUACAUAAUUUUGCUAAUGGGAAUGUUUUCACUAUACACUGGAUUUAUCUAUAACGAUCUGUUUUCCAAGUCCAUGAACGUAUUUGGUUCGGUGUGGAAAGUUCAUUACAAUUAUUCAACGGUAAAGGAUAAUCCAUCGUUGCAACUAGAUCCAAAGACUUUCACUGAAGGUGUCUAUCCCGUUGGUAUGGAUCCCAUUUGGCAGUUGGCUGAGAACAAGAUUAUCUUCCAGAAUUCGUACAAAAUGAAGCUGUCUAUCAUUUUUGGCGUAACUCACAUGCUCUUUGCUAUUUUCAUCAGUAUGGUGAAUCAUGCCAACUUCCGCAAAUGGUCCAACAUCUUAAUGGAGUUCCUGCCACAGGUCUUGUUCCUAACACUUCUGUUUGGUUAUAUGGCCUUCAUGAUGUUCUUCAAAUGGGUCCUUUACAGUGCUAAGACCGAUGUACAGGCAUAUACCCCUGGAUGUGCUCCAUCGGUUCUGAUUAUGUUCAUCAACAUGAUGCUCUUGGGAUCGACUCCGCCAUUGGAUGGUUGCAAUGAGCUGAUGUUCGAAGAACAGUCAAAGAUGCAGAAAAUCUUCCUAGUAGUAGCUUUACUAUGCAUUCCUUGGAUGUUGCUCGCAAAGCCAAUAUACAUCAAGUUAACCAGGGGAAAAAAGGUAGUUAAUCACGACGACGAUAGCUCCAUGGACGGUGAGCACGAAGACGAGGCCAUGAGUGAGAUUCUGAUUCAUCAAGCCAUCCACACUAUCGAAUAUGUCCUCAGUACAAUUUCACACACCGCUUCUUAUUUGCGUCUUUGGGCCUUGUCCUUAGCUCAUGCGCAACUGUCUGAAGUGCUGUGGGGUCAACUUUUGCAUAUUGGAUUUGCAGUGCCAUCACACUAUGUUGGCCCUGUAUUACUCUAUGUAAUUUUUGCCAUCUGGGCCUUCUUUACAUUGGCUAUUCUGGUCAUGAUGGAAGGACUUUCAGCUUUCUUGCAUACUUUACGAUUGCAUUGGGUUGAAUUUAUGAGCAAGUUCUAUGAUGGAUUGGGUUAUGCUUUCACUCCAUUCAGUUUCGCAAAAAUUCUCAAUGAAGAAGAAGAAGAAUAAUGAUAUAAAGACGAUAUUUUCCUUCAGAAAAGUCUCGAUAUAGUUAAUUUUGUUUUUAAAAUUUUAAUUUUUACAAUAAAUUCGUUUGUAAAUCAUUUAAUUGCACUUAAAAAGUUGUAA